AUGCCGUCCAAACGCAAGGGCAAUACGCCCAAGAAGCAGGCAGCCCCCGCUCGAGCUCCAGCUGCUGCUGCUGCUGCUGCUCCAGCUCCGGCUGCUGGCUCCACCGGUAUCACCCUUCCACCAGCUACUUCGUCCAACGGAAGACCCCUCGCGGCAGCACAGGCGCCCAUAGCUGAGCAGUAUCGUGCUUACGCUGAUGCUAAACGUGCUCGUCAGAUCGACCCCGAGAACUACACCCGCACGCCCAAGUCGGGCCUUCUCGUGCUCAUCCUCUUAGGCCUCUUCUCCUUCUUCGGCUCGGUGUCGCUCUAUCUCCACUACAAGCUGCCUACUCCGCGUGGCCCGACCACCAUCAUCGCAUCCGGUGUCACUCCUGCUGAUGCCGCUCCCUACCACCCUCCUGUGCCCGGGGUUGUGCCUGCCAACAAGGUCAGCGAGUCCAACAACUUUCACGAGCUCUUCUCCGAGGGCAAUGCCGUCGGUGUGAUGCAGUACCUCUCCGUCGACAUCGGCUACCGAAUCGUAGGCACCAAGGAGCAUGUCGAAGCCGAGGACUGGCUCGAGGACAUUCUGCGUCGAUAUGAAGGCUAUCACAACACUGGCACCCCCGAGCUGCCUGGCCGCACCCAGGUAGAGGUCUUCAAGCAGAUCGGCGACGGUGCACAUCGUUUCGACUUCAUGUCCAACGUCGUCUGGAAGCGAUACUACUCCAUGUCCAACCUUGUUGUGCGCAUCUCGGACGGUACGGACGAAAGCAAGGCCAAUAGUCUGCUGCUUAACGCCCACCUCGACAGCACGCUGCCCAGUCCCGGUGGAGCCGAUGACGGUGUUGGUGUCGCUAUCCUCCUCGAAGCUCUUCGCACGCUUACUCUUCCCAACACGGGACGCAAGCUCUACAACUCGGUCGUACUGCUCUUCAAUGACGGCGAAGAAUCGCUUCAGGAUGCCAGCCACCUGUACAUCACGCAGCACAACCAGACCAAUGCGGGUGUCAAAGCGGUCGUCAACCUCGAGGCCUGCGGUACCAGCGGUCCUGAACUGCUCUUCCAAGCCACAAGCAAAGAGAUGAUCGAGGCGUACUCUCACGUUCCUCACCCCUUCGGCACCGUGCUUGCCAACGACGUCUUCUCGACUGGCCUCAUCCUGUCCGAUACUGAUUUCCGUCAGUUUGUCGAAUACGGCAACGACCUCAGCGGUCUCGACAUGGCGCUCGUCGGCAAUUCGUACUACUACCACACACGCAGAGACACUCCGACCUAUCUCGAGCCUGGUGCCACCCAACACUUUGGUGAGAACACGCUGGCCAUCAUCGAGCACCUCUGCCUCAAGAACGCCAGCUCCAACUCGCUCCGCUCCAUCGAGCCUCACCAGUCGCGACACACGCUGCCCGUCUAUUUUUCGAUUGCCGGUCGAUACUUUGUGCUUCUGCAGAACAAGGCGUUCAAGAGCAUCGUCAUGGGUCUUUCCGCCUUCAUCAACUUCCAGCUCUCCUCGGUGGUUCGCUCUGAGUCAGCCAUCGGUGCGCUCAACCUCACCAUUCUCAGUGCCGUCUCUGCAAUCCUGUCCAUGAUCGGUGCGGCACUCAGUGCCAACAUCGUCGCUGUCAUCAUGACCAAGGUGCUGGGCAAGGGCAUGUCGUGGUAUUCGCACGAAUUCUUCCCCAUCGUGCUGUACGGACCUCCUGCCUUAGCUGGCAUUCUGACCGUGCAGCUGAUCACGUCGAAGCUGGUCAAGCCGCACAAGCGACCUUACCUCGAGCGAUCGAGUCUCUCCGGUCUCGGCAUCUUCUUCAACCUCGGCCUGCUCGGUAUGAACGCCUUCGGCAUCGGUAGCGCCUACCUCAUGGCUCUCGCCUCGUUCACGUUUACCAUCGUCACGACGCUCAACGAUUUCGUGAUUAUCGGUAUCGGGGCGAUCGAAGAGAAGCUCGUUGCACCGGACAACCGGGUCUCGGCGUGGGUGUACCCGGUGAUGACGAUCAUCCCCGGCACGAUCGGUGUGGAGGGCAUGGUGAGCUUCUUGGACCUCUUCGUCCCGCUUACGGGUAGGAUGGGCGAGAUCUCCCCUGCCGAUCACAUCAUUGCGAGCAUCGUAGCUGUGCUCGCGUUCCUCUGUUUGCCUAUCGUCAUCCCCCUCUCUCACCGAUACACGAGCGAGAACCUCCAACGCACCAUCGUUGGCUUGCUCGGUCUCACCGCUGCCAUCAUGGCCGUGUUUGCCAGUCCCGGCUGGAAGCCGUUCGACGAAGCCCACCCCAAGCGUCUCUUCGUGCACCAGGUCGAGAACAUCACUUCGAACGAAUGGUUCAUGAACGUUGGCGCGGCGGAUCCUGCACCGGGCUUCCGGGCGCUGGCCAACGAGUUGCAGUCGGAUCUCGGCAUCCCUUCCCAAAGCCACGCAGCGUUGAUGGAGAUGAACGACUACAAUUCCGACUUUGACAUUCUCUACCCGGUCUCGGCCUUUUUGACGCCGUACAAGUUUCAGCUUCCCACGCCUGCCUCCUAUCGCACCAGGUACGCCGCCCCUGCCCCCGAGAGCAACCACUUUACGGUCAAGGCGGUGAACGAGGUGCUCGAUGUCGAGGCUGGAACGAGAUCUUUGACGCUCGAGAUGACCCACCCGGGUGUAAUCUGGAGUGUCGUCGCGUUUGAUGCCGAGAUUCUUUCGUGGAACCUUCCCUCCGCCCCUCCGGCGGGAUACCAGAGACAUCAUCUCAAGAGCGUGGCGCGUCACGGCAUCUACACGUGGUCUGUCGACCUUACUUUGCGACUCACACCCGAGGCGCUGACCGCUGCCAAAGCGCGAAGCGGUGGAAUCACUUCGCUCUUCGCAAAGUCAUCCAGCGGCAAGCUCAUCAAGUCUUCAGGGCAGGUGGAGAGAGACCCUUCGAGACUGUGGAUCGACGCAUCGGGUCUCGUAGCAGACGAGAUGUAUCCUCAGCACAAGCAGAAUCGCGGUGCCGAGAGGCCGGCGAUGGAGACGUUUAUCAAGAUGGACGAGCUGAUGCAGAAGACGCAUCCGGAGAUCGAUGUGAUGAUGCUGACGGUGGUGGCGGGCGUGUUCGAGGCGUGA